AUGGCUGUUACGAGCCGCAAGAGCUUGAACCACAUGCGGCCUGUCAACAAAGAAUUUGACUGGGACAGCAUCCGCGACAAUGUCCUUGAGGAAUAUCUAGGCGACGAUCCUUUUGGCUUUGGAGAAACUCAACGAGAACGUAGCAGUUCUGAUGACUCCUGCCAGCUCUUUGAUUUUUCCGGAUCGAGCGAACAAAGCAAUCAAACAGAGGCGACCUCGCCAAUCCCUCCUUGGGACCCAGAAGAGUCGACAGCACCUGCGGCGUGCCAGCCAAAGGCCAAGGCGCCAUCGGACUUCUGGCACAAAAAGCUACGAGCACUAGAGCAAAAUGCAGCAGAGUGCGAGAGGCGACAAAAGCUCCGAGCAGCGAAGUCACAUCCCGAUUUCCUAAGCUUGGGUGGCUUCCCUUCGCCUCCAGCUAUACCAGCUUCACCCACUGGCCAAUCAUACUCUGCGCAGCGAUCAAAGUCCCGUACUACUGGUAACGCUGCAAACGGAAACAAGACACCCACACAACAGCGUAGUGUAUCAAAUCUUCGGGCUGUGUCACGUGGCCGGCCUGUUGGGGUGAUGAAGCCUGCAGCCACUGCUGCUAUCAACCCAAAUGCCACCAUCCGCCAGCGAAAUGGUUCUCCGUCUAAGAUGAUGAAUCCUUCCAGGUAUCGAGCGGGCUUCAAGGACGUAUGGGCGGAGCGAAUACUUCAAAGUCCCAAAAAGUUUGAGCUGCGCGUGGACAACAACAUAAACACAUUUCCAGAGUCUCCGCCGCUCUCGGCCAGAUCUGCACAGCACUCCUUCGCUGCAUUCGGUUCACCAACAUUCUCUGCCAUUGAGGGGAGUGAUGAACAGAUAUCGCCAUUGGCGAGCACGUUCAAUCAGGCUACCCGCAUUCACACACCUCUCGCAUCGCCACUUCUAAGUCCAGGAAGUCAUACUGCUCCGUCGUACUUCGACGUAGCACCGCCUCUGCCUGGAAAUCCAUACACGACACAGACAGUACCUUUGAACGACACCGCACCUCUGUAUCCUGACAGAACCUGGCCACUUGCUGCAAACAAGAUCCAGGAAUUCGAUUUUGGCUUUGACAGCUCCCCGAAACUCGACGACCCAUGGAGCACCACAAGUGCACCACACGUCGACCCGUUCGCCUCGACGUUUCAGGCGACGGCAUCGGCAGUUGACCCUCAGGACCCAUUCAUUGGCCUUGAGAAUACCCUUGAGCACAGUCUUCGUAUCAACGCCCAUGCUCAGAAUCAGAACCUUGGGCUCGGCAUCAGUUGCGACUCAAAUGGGAACUACACCACUGUUCCUGGCAACGUGCUGCACAUCUCUUCUAUGCCGCCAUCUAGCACUCCGUACUAUGUUCCCUCGCUACCAAACGGCCUCCCAAGCACAAACUUCCGGCCACCGAACGGUCUUCACGCCGCCUCAAAGCCCGCGAAUCUCGACUUUCCACUUACGCCGCAACGUCAAAGGGGCCGCAACUCACACGACCGCUCGCCAUCACCCACGCGCCCAGGCACAGAGUCCCGAUCACGGCAAACAUCUGCCUCUCGUCGCAGAUCACAACACCGCAGAACGAAAUCUGCGAGCACGACACCUCGUCAUCACGGAGGCGACAAAGGCGGUGGUUUCGUCAACUUCACACCUGGCGAUGCGGGCAAGAUUCUAAGUGGUGUCGCACCCUCGGGUAGCUCGAAGACGAAAGCGAGGAGGGAGAAGGAAGCUGCCGACAAGAGACGGAAAUUGAGUCAGGCAGCUAUGCAGGCUGUCAUUGAGGCUGGAGGGGACGUGGAGAGCUUGCAGAGAGCAGGGGUAAUAUCUUGAUACAUCGAAGCAAGAUGAAGAGAAAUGACAGAGCAUAGAGAAAUUUCAGC